UGGAGAUAUGGGAUCUCUCAUUUGAGACUUAAAAGUUAGACCAUGGCGUCUUAAUUUAACCGCCGGAGCACAUGGAUUUAACUUUACAAAAACCUGCCCCAAAAUGAUUUCCACAUUGACAUCCCCUAAAGAACCGGCCCACGGUGCCCCGCCCGCGGCAGGUGACGGCCUCGUGCAGCCCGAUGAGCUCCGCGCAGCGUUUGCGAUGGCCAUGUCGCAAAUGUACAAGAACGAGGUGCCUCUGUACGGCGACCUGAUGCGGAUCGUGCAAGGGGUCAACAAGAAAGUGCUGGAGCGUUCUUCAGACGAGCCCCCCAGCUCUGAUGCCCUCGAUCAACUUACCAUGGAGCGCCACGGUGCAAUCCGCCUGGGCAAAGCAUCGGAGCUCGGGACGGUGCGGCGCAUAUUUGCUCUCCUGGGGAUGCACCCCGUCGGAUACUACGACCUCUCGGCAGCUGGUCUGCCCAUGCACGCCACAUGCUUCAGGCCGCCGGACUCGGGCUCUCUGAGACGCAACCCGUUCCGCGUCUUUACGACGCUGCUCCGCACAGACCUGAUCCGCUCCGAGGAGGCGCGCCGACUCGCGCUGCAACUCUUGUCAAAGCGCAACCUGUUUAGCGAGGAGCUGAUGCAAUUGCUGGACCGGGCCGAGGCGCAAAACGGAAUCCCGAUCGACGAGGCCGACGUCUUCAUCCGCGAGGCGAUGCAAAUCUUCCGGUGGGCGCCCGUGGCGGCGUCGACGCUUGCCGAGUACCGAACGCUGAGGGAGCAGCACCCGAUCCUAGCCGACAUUGCCUGCUUCCGGACGGCCCACAUUAACCACCUGACCCCCCGCACGCUAGACAUUGGCCUGACUCAGGCGGCCAUGCUGGACGAGGGCAUGGCCGUCAAGGAUCGCAUCGAGGGCCCGCCUCCCCGCAAAUGCCAGAUCCUGCUGCGUCAGACCAGCUUCCUCGCCCUCGAGGAGGCCAUCCGCUUCAAGAGCGACGAGGCGACCGACCAAGAUGCCGCCGCCACCAAUCUGAUCAGCGCCUCCCACAAGGCGCGAUUCGGCGAGAUCGAGGAGCGCGGUGCCGCCGUGACGCCUGCCGGUCGCCGGCUGUACGACGAGCUGCUCGAGGAGGCCUUUGCCAGCAGCGCGGGCAAGAGCAUCCCCGAGAUCGACGCGGCCAUGGCAAAAGCCUUUGUCCGGUAUCCCGACCAGUGGGACGAGCUCUGCGCGCGGGGUCUCGUGUACUACGAAUACCGCCUGGGGUCCAAGCGGCCCGGCGCAGAUGACCUUGUGCCGCUGGGUCACGUGCCCGAGGCCGAUGUGGAGCGGCUGGUGGGCCAAGGCUUCCUCGAAAGGGUGCCGAUUACGUACGAGGACUUUCUGCCCUUCUCCGCAGCGGGAAUCUUCCAGUCCAACCUGCCGCAGGACGGCAAGAGUGAGCCGGUGGAGAAGGAGGUCAUCAAGGCGUCGCCGGAUCACAUCGGCAUGGAAAGGGCGUUGGGCUCUGCCACCAUCAACCCGGACGGUCUGUAUGAGGAGGUCCAAAGGAAAAGUCUGGCGUCCAGCUUGGCGGCGUUGCAGUCUAUUGUGCAAGGGGCUGGCCCAAACUAGGCAACGGUCUCGGUCUCUGAUUUAUGGGCGACCCGAUAGUUUUGUUUAGUACAGCCCGGCCAACUUGAAUAAUUUCCUAUCUUAAUCGGGUUUAAUGCACAGAAAAGACCCUACUCACGCUAUGCGCCCAAACUGCCAAACCAUGACUUCCAUCCAACCGGUCCCAUUACUGUAUAUUGUUCGCUAAUCAGUAAGCCACAAAUUAAAAUCACCUCACAAAGGCUGUUUGUAGUUUGAACAGUUUAUGAC